AUGGAUGAUAAAGGCAACGAUGGCAAAAACUUGGGUGAUACAGGCAAGGAUGACAAGGACAUGGGUCAUAGAGGCAACGAAGGCAAAGGCAUGGAUGAUAAGGACAAUGAUUUCGUAGCCAUGGACCCCAAAGGAAUGGAUGGUAUGUGCAUGGAUGAUAAGGAUAAUGAGGAUGAAGGCAAGGAUGGCAUAGACAUGGAUGAUGUACACAUGCAAGGUAAAGGAAUUGAUAAUAAAGGCAUGGCUGGUUCAGACCUGAAUGAGUGUAUGGAAUACUUAGAGAUUGUGAAGAAGACUUUCAGGACUGAGGAAGAAGCCUACAUGUUCUACGUAGGCUAUGCGAGAAAAAAAGGGUUUGGUGUUAGAAAGGAUGAUUUGAAGGAUGCUAGAGAAUUGCAAGGUAAGGAUGGUAACGACUCAGAUGCUAAGGUUCCUACAGACUUGGAAGGUAAGGAUGCUGAGGACUUGCAUGCAAAAAACUUGGAUGCUGAGGAUCCCAAUGACUUGGAAGGCAAGGAUGGUGUGGACUUGCAUGCAAAAAACCUGGAUGCUAAGGAUCCCAAUGACUUGGAAGCUAGCGAUUCACAGUCAGAACAGGUGAUGGAGCUCCUCCGGAGUAUAUUGGUUGAUGGAGAAAAAACUGAUUUGGAUGAAGGCCAGAAAUCGUUUGUUCCUUUGCCAGCAUACUUCUCUGCUACUCGUGAAUGCUGCACUGAUGACAUGGAAAAUCUAAUCAAAAUAAUUCCAAAAGGGAGACCAACUACCGAAGAAUCGAACAAGAGGAUUAAAUCCAGGCGCGAGCGGAUGAGAGGGAAAAAAGCAACGAAGAAAAAAUCAGGGAAAUCAAAGGUCACAAGGAGGAAGAAGCGAAAAGAGAAAGACACAGAGACAGAAGAAGACACGGAGUCAGAUACAAAAGAAGAGGAAGCUUCUAAAAAAGCAACAAAGAAAAAUGCGGGGAAAUCAAAGGUCACAAGGAGGAAAAAGCAAAAAGAAGAGACAGAGUCAGAUACAGAAGAAGAGACAGAGGCAGAUACAGAAGAAGAGACAGACGCAGAUACAGAAGAAGAGGAAGAUUCAGGUACAGAAGAAGAGGAAGAUUCAGAUGCAGAAGAAGAGGGAGAUUCAGCUGCAGAAGAAGAGGAAGAUUCAGAUGCAGAAGAUGGUGGGCUGAGGAGGGCUAGGAAGAGACCAUUGGAGGUUGCAGAAGAGGAUUAUGCAAAACCAAACAAGUGGGCAUUACCACAAUUGAAACGCAAGGGCGCUCCAAAUGUCAAAGCUGGGAGGAAGAAAAAUAACGAUGACAAGGGUGGGCGAGGAAAACCAGUGAAGAAAGACUCUAGGAAGGGCGGUAAAGAACAGGCCAAAGGGGUGAUGAAGACAAAAAGGCCUGCUAGGAAUGUACCAAAGGCUGAGUGA